GCUCACAGCACCAGACCUAAAGAACCCAGCAGAAAACUCCUGCCCCACCAUGAACGGCAAACUCGUAGCUGUCCUGGCUCUUUUCCUGAUCUCAGCAGCUGUGUCUCAAGGCAGGACUCUGGCAAGGAUGGCAACCGAGCUCCGGUGCCAGUGCAUCGCCACUCACUCCAGGUUCAUUCCCCCGAAAUCCAUCCAAGAUGUGAAGCUGACACAGAGCGGCCCCCACUGCAAGAAUGUUGAAGUCAUAGCUACUCUGAAGGACGGCAGAGAGGUGUGCUUGGAGCCCACUGCUCCCUGGGUACAGCUGAUUGUAAAGGCAAUUUUGGCCAGGGCUCAACAAAAUUCUGACUCUCCUCUCUAAGAAACACCCAGACAGAAAAAAUCUUGGAACUGCUUCUGCUCCUCUGUCAAGGGAAGUGUUUGG